UGGUAUUUCCUGUAGGAAUUCCCUGACGGGGAGAGGGAGAAACGCCAAACCGGUUACAGGAGCGAGAGGACCGGGAGGACUGCCGGAGAUAACAGGCCCAAGACCGACUAAGGGACAUUUUCGGUCUUGUGAAUGCAACAUUUAGUUUCCCGGCUACUCCCUCUCCUCUCUGUCACUGUGGUUUAAAUCAUCUAAAGCUUCGUUAGCUCGGUAGAGCCGCUUCAGCAACCGCCCAGAAAUUGCCCGAGGUAGCUAACUUAGCUGGCUAACUAAACUAGCUGUAAAAAAUAUUUUCAGAGACUCAAGGGAGUCUGUUGGAAGGCAUUGGUUGUCAGCUGGGAGCAAUUACGGAACCUCGGCAGACGGAAAGAAAUACGUCGGGAAGCCUGUGCCUGUUGGCAAAGACGGGGGCCGGGUGGACCUCCGGCCAAGCGGACCCCCCAAGCGGCCCGUUUUUCACACCAACGACAGAAGCCGGGGAGUCGUCUGUAGGCAGGCGUCGUGCAGUGGACCUGCGACACCGGAGCAGUAGCGUUGAGUAACGUAAAGGAAACUUAAACCGAGUUCGAUCAUUGAGAGCCGGGAAGUAUCCGGACAGAGACCUCAUGAAUGGAAAUCAGCACUACAGCGGUGGUUCCGGCGCAGUCCCUGUUUACCGUGCCUCGGCGGCCAGGCUAUGGCACCAUGGGGAAGCCCAUCCGGCUGCUGGCCAACUGCUUCCAGGUGGACAUCCCCAAGAUGGAUGUCUACCUGUACGAGGUGGACAUCAAGCCUGAAAAGUGCCCUCGCCGCGUCAACCGGGAGGUGGUGGACUCUAUGGUAGAGCACUUCAAGGUCACCAUCUUUGGGGACCGACGGCCAGUCUAUGAUGGGAAGAGGAGCAUGUACACAGCCAACCCACUCCCAGUGGCAUCAAGCGGAGUGGACCUGGAUGUGACUCUGCCAGGAGAGGGGGGAAAAGACCGGCCAUUUAAGGUCAGCAUGAAGUUCGUGGCCCCGGUGAGCUGGCACCUGCUCCAUGAGGUUCUUACGGGCCGUGGGGUACCCGAGCCCCUGGAGCUCGACAAGCCCAUCAACACCAACCCGGUCCACGCUGUGGAUGUAGUGCUCCGACACCUGCCCUCCAUGACAUAUACCCCUGUGGGCCGCUCUUUCUUCUCCUCACCUGAAGGCUAUGACCAUCCCUUGGGAGGCGGUAGAGAGGUGUGGUUUGGCUUCCACCAGUCUGUGCGUCCUGCCAUGUGGAAGAUGAUGCUGAACAUCGAUGUGUCUGCCACAGCGUUCUAUAAGGCCCAGCCUGUGAUCCAGUUCAUGUGUGAGGUCCUGGACAUCCACAAUAUCGAUGAGCAACCACGUCCGCUCACAGACUCACACAGAGUCAAGUUCACCAAAGAGAUCAAAGGUCUGAAGGUAGAAGUGACGCACUGUGGAACCAUGAGGAGGAAGUAUCGGGUGUGCAACGUGACCCGCCGCCCAGCCAGUCACCAAACGUUCCCCCUACAGCUGGAGAACGGGCAGACGGUGGAACGCACAGUGGCUCAGUAUUUCAGAGAGAAGUACAACCUGCAGCUAAAGUACCCACACCUGCCAUGUCUGCAGGUGGGCCAGGAACAGAAGCACACCUACCUGCCCCUCGAGGUCUGUAAUAUUGUAGCCGGCCAGCGCUGCAUAAAGAAGCUGACAGACAACCAAACAUCCACCAUGAUCAAAGCCACAGCACGCUCAGCCCCUGACAGACAAGAGGAGAUCAGUAGGCUGGUGCGCAGCGCCAACUACGAAGCGGACCCGUUCGUGCAGGAGUUCCAGUUCCGCGUUCGAGACGAGAUGGCGGAGGUGAUGGGGCGAGUCCUGCCCGCCCCCAUGCUGCAGUAUGGCGGCAGGGUGAGCUCCGAACACUUUAUGAAUCGUACGGUGGCGACACCGAGCCAUGGUGUGUGGGACAUGAGAGGGAAGCAGUUCCACACUGGAGUGGAGAUCAAGAUGUGGGCCAUCGCCUGCUUCGCCACCCAGAGACAGUGCAGGGAGGAGAUCCUCAAGAGCUUUACUGACCAGCUGCGUAAGAUCUCUAAGGAUGCUGGGAUGCCCAUCCAGGGCCAGCCGUGCUUCUGUAAGUAUGCACAGGGUGCCGACAGCGUGGAGCCCAUGUUCCGACACCUGAAGAACACCUACGCCGGCCUGCAGCUCAUCAUCGUCAUCCUGCCCGGAAAGACCCCUGUGUACGCUGAGGUGAAGCGUGUUGGGGACACUCUCCUGGGCAUGGCCACCCAGUGUGUGCAGGUGAAGAACGUGGUGAAGACGUCUCCCCAGACCCUGUCCAACCUCUGCCUCAAGAUCAACGUCAAGCUGGGUGGCAUCAACAACAUCCUGGUCCCUCACCAGCGGCCCUCUGUUUUCCAGCAGCCAGUGAUUUUCCUCGGAGCUGAUGUUACACACCCUCCUGCAGGAGAUGGCAAGAAACCAUCUAUCGCUGCAGUGGUGGGUAGUAUGGAUGCCCACCCCAGCCGCUACUGUGCCACGGUGCGUGUUCAGCGUCCACGGCAGGAGAUCAUCCAGGACCUGUCCUCCAUGGUGCGCGAGCUGCUCAUCCAGUUCUACAAGUCCACGCGCUACAAGCCCACCCGCAUCAUCUUCUACCGCGAUGGCGUCUCCGAGGGCCAGUUCCGACAGGUUUUGUACUACGAGCUGCUGGCCAUCCGGGAGGCAUGCAUCAACCUGGAGAAGGAGUACCAGCCGGGCAUCACCUACAUUGUGGUACAGAAGCGCCACCACACACGCCUCUUCUGCGCAGACCGUAACGAGAGGGUGGGCCGGAGUGGCAACAUUCCUGCAGGUACCACCGUGGACACGGACAUCACACACCCCUACGAGUUCGACUUUUACCUCUGCAGCCAUGCCGGAAUACAGGGUACCAGUCGCCCGUCUCACUACCAUGUGCUGUGGGACGACAACUGUUUCACGGCCGACGAGUUCCAGUUGCUCACCUACCAGCUGUGCCACACCUACGUGCGCUGUACCCGCUCAGUCUCCAUCCCCGCGCCAGCCUACUACGCCCACCUGGUGGCCUUCCGUGCCCGCUACCACCUGGUGGACAAGGAGCACGACAGUGCGGAGGGCAGCCAUGUUUCGGGACAGAGUAACGGUCGUGACCCGUCAGCUCUGGCCAAAGCCGUGCAGAUCCACCACGACACGCUGCGGACCAUGUAUUUCGCCUGAGAGUCCCAGCCUCGCCCUCCUCCGACCUCCGACUUCGCCUCCUGUCUCCCCCAUCAGUCUCCUGCCGCCUGACGCCAUGUAGCAUCAGGUGACCCCAAGGUGAUCAAUCACAGGACGCCGAGCUGAUGACGACGCACAGCGCAACCCAGCAGCAACAUUUAGGCCCUCAGGGGGAGAGCACUGCACUGUUUAUGCAAUAGAGAAGCAGCCAGUCCCCUACCGCCACCCCCUCUCUCCUCUUCCCACUCUCUGUGAGUCCUCUGCAAAGACCCCCUCUGUCCUCCUCCCAGUCAAUCUGAGUUCUUCUCCCUGUCAGCGGCUGACUGAGGGAUGGUAUGCGUGUGUGUUUGUUUGUUUGUUUGUUUUGUCUGGAGGAGGCACACAUGUGGCCGAGAGUUAGCUCUGAGGGCUGGCCCAUCUCUGACCAGUCAGUCCCGCGGCGAUGCCUUUGUAAAGCAGUACCCCCUGUGAACACUGGCCCUCGUCUGUGCACACUCCUGCCACUGGCUCGGUGAAACGGUUUUAUACUAUGGUUAGUGCAUUCCCUGGGAUUUCACUUCUCUGUUUGUAUUUUACUAAGCCUUCGCUCACACAGCAGAGCAUGGUUUUCAUAAAUAAUAAUAAGCAUCUUCUUGGCAUGUUGUAGGCAAAAACAAUUCCCAGGCAAACAAAUAUUUGUGGCAUUUCUAGAUGCCUGGGAACUCUGUCCUUCUGGCUGUGAGUUUUAUUAUUUUAUUGUAUUUUAUUUUUUAGAAUUUCUGAGUCGAUGACGUGUUUGAGCCAGACACGAGACGUGCAUGAGACAGGCGUGAGCAAUGUCCUCACUGUCCUGUCAGGUCAGUGUGCUAUGAGAGCCUUUAGCCUGUUUUCAAAGACAUCUGGAACCCCUAUGCCCUCCUGUCACCCUUCUCCUCAGCAAACACACACACACACACACACACGCACGCACGCACACAUGCGCGCACAUGCACUGAACUUGAGAGCCUGAUGCCAAAGCCUAGCUUACCUGAAGGUUUAUCUCCGGGAACUUUAAGGCUUGGGUUUCUCAGAGAUUGUGUUUGGGCUUAUUUGUGUGUGUUUCUGUGUGUGUGUGUGUGUGUGUGUGUGUGUGUGUGUGUGUGUGUGUCUGUCUGUGUCUGUGUGUGUGUGGGUCUGUUGAGACAGAUAGUCUCCACGAUGUGACGGCAGUCAUGGAUUUGCUGAGGUACACGUCUGGCCAGCCAUGGCUGCUUGUCUCAGUAACUGAAAGCUUGCAGCUGGUCCUUACUCUACUUUAAAUGCUCAGUCCUCAUCUCUUGUCUCUCACCCCAACAUGUGUAGGUCUGAAGUGAAGUCUCAUGUUUAUGUAGUUCAGCUAUAAACCCAACAAAAGCAAACCCUCCUCUCGCAGUGCUCCUUUAGUGCAAUAAGCCACCAGCCCGUGGCUCCUGUGUAGAAUUCUGAUUGGUUGGUACAGUGGAUCGAGGUAAGGAUGGCUUCACCUGAUUGGCUUAUGCAAUGCUAUUGUACAGAAGCAGUGGCAUCUCCAAAGGGAAAUUAACUGUUUGUUGUAGUAGAGACCCCCAAUUGGUUGGGUGGAGAAUGAUGUUUGCAUGUCAGGAUGAAUGUGAUUAAGUUGGCCUGUCCUGGUUUGGGAUGACUUACAGAGGAGUUACAGAGAUGUGUUGUAUCCAAGGAAUUGAAGACCAAGUGCCUGUCAACGGGGGAGGGAAAUGAAUAGAUUAUAUAUAUGAAAUGACACCUUUUUAGAUAUAUAUUUAUUUAUAUGGAGGCCCCAAUGAAAGAUAAUACCUAUACAUGAUCAAAGAGUACUAUGAACAUGAAUUUUUUCUGAGCAGAAUCAGAGAAGAAAGAAAUGGCUGGAUGCUGUUGUUUUUAUUUUCUCCUUUUAUGAAAUGAAUUUGUAAGGAAAAAUAAAGUGAGUCGCAGAGUAAGCUUAGAUAAGCUCAAGGCAUUGAGGGCCUGACAUGUGAUCCUGUGGGGAAGGGGCUCAUUCGUGCACUGUUUAGAGUACGCCUUCAUAUUUCAGAGGUUGCUUUGGCAUUUAUAAUGUCAUGUUUUCUCAAAUGGGCAUUGUCACUCUCUCUUCUCUCUAUCUGUCUCUUUUCUUUCUUUCUCUUUCUUUCUUUCUUUCUUUCUUUUUUCUUUCUUUCUUUUUUUCUUUCUCUCUCUCUGCCUCUGCUUAGCUUUCCCUGAGCAGACUACAACCAAUGCCUCUGUCAGUUCAGUGGUGUUCUGCUGGGACCAAACCAUUGUGCCUCUCGGAUGGGCGUGGGGGGGAGGAUUUGCGAGUGGAAGGGUCAGAGGUGAGCACGCUACAGGUUCAGCACUCCGGUCAUGUUACCUGAGGGGGAGGUGGGCGGGGAGAACGUCUCUAGAAGCUUUAGAACAUCUCUAGAACCUUCGAAACGUGUCCUAAAACCUCCACUGUUUUGUCUCACUGCCUUUUUUUGCAAGAGUGUAAGUGUGUGGUACAGUAGCAUGCCCUCCUAGGCUGUCCACAGCCACAGUACCAAACUAGCUGCUAUUCUACAUAUAAUAAUGUACACAACAAAAACUAUAUUCAUACUGAGAGAGAGAGCAACUGUAAAAACUAAGUAUGAAAAUGCAACUGCACUUAAAAGAUAUGUCUGCAUGUGUGCGUAUGUGUUUGUUUGUUUGUGUGUUUAUGAUGAAACACACUCUCAAGGUGCUAAGAAAUGAGGUACUGUGUUCAGAGGGACCUUUUUUAAGUCUUCACAGACACCAGGAACACUGGGUUAGUGUGUGUCAGGGUCUUAACGAUUGCAGUGUGUGUGUUUGUGUAUGUGGAGCUCAUCUCCCCCAGCUUGGUGGCAGUGUGUGUCUGUGUUCAAGGUGGCACAGAGUGUGGCCUGAAUUCCCCACUACCCCCCCGGUGAGAAGAAGCCAACAUGUAACCAGCACCCAACUUUACUUGAAAGGAGUGUUUACCUGGCCUGUUGAGUGCCCGUCGCGUUGUCGUCUCUAGCACUAGCCUAAUAGCUAGCGCCAGGCUAGUUCAUCCACUGGGGCUAUGUCCUUCAACUCGUGUCCGUCUGUGAGACUUCAGAAACCGCCCUUGGAGGGUCAGGAACUCUCUCGCUCUCUCAUGCUCAUGCUCUUUCUCUCUCUCUCUCUCUCUCUUUCUUUCUUUCUUUCUUUCUUUCUUUCUCUCUCUCUCUCUCUCGCUCUCUCUCUCUCUCUCUCCACUCAUGUUGCCAUGGAAAUGGCCUCUGGAGCCCAGUGGGUGGGGCAUUGUAUGUGAAGGGGCGGGGUAUGUCUAACAUGUGGGUGGAGCCUAGAUGUCUCCUCCCUCCAGCUGUGAUGUAACCUGGUCUCCUCAGAAUCUUUUUCACUCAGAGUGGAAUUAUAUUUCUAUAUUUAAAGAGAAUGAAACUAUGUAAUGCACACCACUUAUUUUUGCUAACAAAAAGAAAUCGAUGAAGGUAGAUCAGAAAUAAUAAUGAAACCAUAAUAUUGAGGAUGAUAAUAAUAUUAAUAUAAGACAAUAAUAGAGACUAAUAAUAAUCAAUUUAAGUAAUGCAGUAGACUGUUGACACAGUUGUGUGUAGUCUUUUGGUUUGUGUGGAAGUGAUGUCGUUUGUGGGAACUUGUGGGAAAUAGUGUUUUCUGGGGGAAGGGAAGAGAAGGUGUCAUGGUGUCACCCUUCCCCUUCCUUCUCCUUAUUUACUUCCCUUCUCCUUUCUGUGAUUUUAUUUUUGCUCCAUUUCCAAAAACAGAACGCUACAAAAGCUUUUAACGUGAGAACCUUCCUCUAUGGAAGACAGAGAAACCAGGAGAUAGAAUAGCAAGGAAAUGAUGUCAGUGUUAUCUUCUGACCGAAGCUAGAGGUCAUCACCAGUCAUUUUGCCUGGUUUGCAAAAAAACAUGCAGUAAUUGCCUCAUAAAUAUUUUUGAGAAUUUUCUAGAGAAGACAUGAAUGUAUUGUCUUUUGGUCGCUGACUGGCAUGCUUAAAUGAAGCAAGGACAUAUUUAUAUCGACAAAAAUUGCUUUGUUGUGGUCCAUUUGAUGUUACACCUGCAUGUCUGCUCAACCUAGCUUUCAAAGAUCCAGAAUGUAUUAGUGAUGCAGUUGCUGUAGCAACCUGUGGCAUCCUUGCCCUUUGUGCCUCUGACAUGAUUUCCUGCUUUAGUUCUGUCUCCUCCUCUGUCCUUUUUUUUUUUUUUUCAUCUGAAGUUGAAGAGAGGAGGGAGGAGAAGGAUAAUCCUGAAAGUGAGUAGUCAGUAGAAUGUGCCUUUCCUGAUGGUGCUGAAAACAAAAAAAAAUAUUAAUCCAAGAAAAAAAUGCUUUUACUCAAAAAUGUUUAAAGGGGCAAAAAAAAAGAGCCUUGUCUACAUGGAUGAUGAGUAUAUAUUGAUAUAUGAUAUUCUGUAUAGUGUGUGUGUGUGUGUGUGUGUGUGUAUGUAUGUAUGUGAGUUUACGAGUAUACGAGAGACUGGUGUACCUCUUUAUAUGCCAAGAACACAUUGAUAUGCGGAUCAUCUUUGAGGUGUCAGGACCAACCGUACUUGUAGGCAGGUGGGCACUUGUAUAGCACAACCCACACAGCUGGGCAUCAGCCCGGUCAGACGGCUCUCUGUGUGCAGAGACAGCCAAACACAUGCAGAAGGAACAUCAAACUCUGUGAACUCUUCCUUUAUUUGGCUUCCCAUUGGCUGGUUAAGACACCCUUUGUGGUAGUGAAAGUAGCUGAAGAGGGAUCUCCUUCUCUUUUAAGCAUCACAACUCAACUAAGAAAAUCUGUGUGUGUGUGUGUGUGUGUCACACUGGUGUCCGCCUACCUUAAACGCGCAGUCUGUGAUUCUAAUCCAAUAAUUUUUGGGGAAAAUUCAGUUCAUUACUCGUCACGGCUCCUUUAGCUGUCCGUUCACUGUGUGCGCUCCAAUAAACUACGGUGUACGCAGCCCUGUGUCUAUAAAUGGGAAACAAACAAUUGCAGCCAAUCAGCACGUUGCUCUGGGAGCACGGAAGGGAGGAGGUGUAAUUUGAUUGGCUGUUAAGCUCAGAUAUCAACAACCUCUCGCCAGAAUCGUGGACUGCAUCGGAAGGUCAACUCCAGACAUCUCCAAACCCUGCACCUCAGCUGACCGUGAUUUGCUGCAUAUUAAUAAAUAAAGAGGGAUAAUAACAGUUAAAUACUGCUUUGAUCACAGUAUGAUGCGCUGAAUCGCCUGCCUGAUCAUGAAAAAAUGUCCUAUUUUAGAAAUAUAUAUGUAAAGAUUGUUUUGUUGUUGUUUUGUCUUAACACUUAUCUGACUUUGGUCUUUCCUUGAGCCUUUUAUUUGGUUGUCCUAUUUAAUUGUUAUUUUAAUUAAAAUAUAUAUGUAAACAAAA